AUGCAACAUAAUUUGAUAAAACCUUAAAUCAAGCAACAAAAUUCAAUGCCUUCAGAUACUCAAUUGGUGACAUAAUCUCCAGUAUUACACAACCAAUAAUAAAACAUCUAGAGAAGUCAUUCAUCAAAUGAUGUUUAAACAAAUCAGCUAUAGUCAAAACUUGAUGAGAUAAUCCCUUAUUUGUACUUUAAUCAAAGUGUAGCGUAGAAACUGGAGGAGGUUUACAUUAAAAUUGCGGAAGUAAUUAAUUAAGAAUUAUCUGAAAAGUACAAAAAUAGCUAUGAAAUCGUACUAUAUGGAUCAGCUGUAACAGGUCUUUCAUUGCCUUAUGAUUCAGAUCUGGAUAUAGCAAUUUUAUUCGAAGACCUUGAAAUAAACCACAUAAUCAUCUUAAACUAGAUAAGAAUGAAAUUGAUUUAGCCAUACUACUUAAAAAGGUAUGAUUAAAUUAAAAUUUUAGAAAUGAAGAGUGGAGUGAUGCUUAGUUUAUUUGAUAAAAUCAAUAAAAUGAGGAUUGAAAUCUAGGUUAAUAAGUAUUGCGAAUUAAUGAAUUCAUAGCUGAUCUAAACUUAUGCUAAAAUUGAUUCAAGAUUUUUUUAGCUAGUGCUUUUGCUGAAAAAGUGGAAUAGAAACAAAUUCAGCAAUAAGGUAAUGAGAUUAAAUUCAUAUUCAUUUGUAUUGAUGGCUAUUGCCAGAAUGUAAUUUCUUGGUUAGCUGCCUUACCUUUAAAAACAUAGAGAACAAGAUAAGGUUAUCAUGAAUUAUUAAAAAUGUUUGGUAAAAGAUUAAAAAUGUAUAUUUAAUAAGAUCUACUCUACUAAUAUUGCCUUCGAGAGUGACCUCAAUGUUAUAGCUCAAAAUUUUUAGCCAUCUAAGAAUUUAUCAACUGGAAAACAUUAUACUUUAGCUGAGCUUUUAGUAGAUUUCUAUUCUUACUUAAUAGAUUUAUUGGGCUAAAUUAAUACUUAAGUAGUAUAAAUUACUUAUGAUACAAAUGAAAUUAACAAUAAUUUCAACCGAAAUUUAGAUUUAAAAUAGAUUAAAUAGAUUAUAGAAGAUAAAUAUAACUAGCAAUAAUAGAAUAAUGAUUCCUAUGUCCAGAAUAAUGUCUUAAAGAAUUUAGAAAGUUAUAGUUUAAUGAUAUUAGAUCCAUUUGAUAGAACCUAUAAUCCUGCAAAAUCACUUUUUAAACGUAGAGAUUAAGAGAUCAAAUAUUUAAAGGAGUUAAAACAAACAUUGUAAAAUCUUUAGCAACAAAAUAUAUUUGAUUUUAAGUGA